AUGCGGAGUCCAUCCCCUCCCCCCAUCAUACCAUCGUCGCCCGAUCUGGCGCAUCAAAACCAACCCGGGCCCUCCAACCCCUAUCUUGCCCUCCCGCCGCCUGAAGACGAGAUCCCGGACCUCGACGAGUUGCCCUCUGAACAACCACCCUCACCCCCACCUACCGCACCUGCUCAUACCAUGUCAGGACACCAUUGCAUCACCCUCGCCGCCAACCCUCCCUAUUUUGAUGGGGACAAAUCCAAAUAUCUGGGCUUUGUAGACUUGUGCACCACCUACAUUGGUGCCUACCGAUCAGAGUUCUCGCAGGAUGAGACCAAAAUCCUCUUCGUCCUCUCCUACCUCCGUAACGAGAACGGCACGAGCUGCGCUGCCUCACGAUGGGCGAUGAACUGGAAGCAGCACAACUUCAAUGGCUUCCAGGGACUGAAGGCAGGAGUCACAUCAAAGAAUUUCCUGGAGGAGCUUCAGAGGGCCUUUGGGGACUCCAAUGCAGAACAAAACAAACGGUCCUUCGCGGACUACAUCUCCGACUUUGAGAUGUUGGCCUCGGAUGCGGGAUACAAUGUGGUUGACACCACCGACGAUAAGGGCGAAUACAAGAAGGGAGACCAAGACAAUAUCCUCAUCGAGUUCCUGGAGCGCGGACUCAGUAGCGAGAUUGCCAGCCGUCUCUACAACACUGGUGUUCCUCUGCCCAAGGCCUAUGGAGCGUUCAAAGCCUGGUGCAUCAACAUCGAGGCGAACGCUCUACGCGAUCAGCUGCGCAAAGCAUCGCACGCACACUCCGCACCACAACCGCCUCCCCAAUUCCGCCCGCAGGCAGCCCCAAUGACACCUGCACCCGCCCCGGCCCGACCCGCUGCCAACGAACCAGUUCCGAUGAAAAUUGAUCGCACCCACACCCGCGGCCGCAAUAUCAUCUGCUACAACUGUCAGCAGCCUGGGCACAUUGCGCGGAACUGUCCGGAGCCAAGGAAGAAGCGCACAUUCUUCAAUCGGGCCACGAUGCUGGAAGAGAUCGAGAACGGGGACAAGGACAACAAGUUCCUCAAGGAGAUUGCUGAGAAGCUGCGCAAGAAGGGUUUUUGA